ACAGCAAAAUCUGAUGGUGCUGAAGACUGAGUUUGAUCUCGAGAAAGUGAGGGAUAAAAGUCAUAUCAACAUAACUGAACCAGACAAACCGAUUUAUAAUGAAAAUAUCAAAAGUCUCUUACGCCUGUUAAUAUCAUACAAGCAAAGUCUUCUCUAAAAACGUAUUGAUUGACAAAUAAUGAAAUCCGCUAUGGGAAAAUGAACACAAAAACAUAGUUACGUACACAUCCCAAUUUUCCGACAGGCCAGGAAGGCAGCACAAACUCCUCCUCCAGUAGUACGAGCGGGAAGUUCAGAUGAUCGUUUUUAGCUGAAAUGUAGCAAAUAAAUCGCCGCUGUGGCUGCUUUUUUCACCACGGAAUUUACUUCUGAAGAAUUAUAACCGUUUGUUUCAGAGACCAGAGCAGAGCAACUGCAACCAUGUCCAGUGACAGCAGCGAGGAGAGGAGCACCUCUGCGUACAGGUGCUUCGGACAGUGUACCUACACAGCUGAGGAGUACCAGGCGGUGCACAAUGCUCUGCGACAGAGGCUGGGACCAGAGUACAUUAGUACCAGAAUGGCGGGAGGAGGGCAGAAGGUGUGCUAUGUUGAAGGGCAUCGCGUCAUCAGCCUGGCUAAUGAGAUGUUUGGAUACAACGGAUGGUCUCACUCCAUCUCUCAGCAGAACGUGGACUUUGUAGACCUCAUCAAUGGGAAGUUUUAUGUCGGAGUCAGUGCGUUCGUCAAAGUGCAGCUGAAGGAUGGCUCGUUUCACGAGGAUGUGGGCUAUGGAGUCAGUGAGGGACUCAAGUCUAAAGCUCUGUCACUGGAAAAGGCAAGAAAGGAAGCUGUCACAGAUGGCAUGAAGAGAGCGCUCAAAUGCUUCGGUAACGCCCUUGGAAACUGCAUUCUGGAUAAAGAAUACCUCCUAGCCAUAAACAAGAUUCCCAGACAGCCUCCUCCUCCUCUCAACCCGGCCCAGACCAAGCGCACUGAGGGGGAACCCUCGGUGGAGAAGGCGCGACUCUCCAGUCUGGUCCUAGAGGAAAAGCUUGCAUCUGUAGCAGGUCCUGCCAGGAUGCCGCUGGAGCCCCGAGUCCUCAACCAGAACGAGAGCUGUUCGGAAGUUCACACUCCGAAUACUGUUCCUGCUCCCGACAGGAAGAGCGAGAACAUUGACUUCAGACCUCCCGCGGACUCUGUGGACGUCACCGGGUCCAACGCGCACACGGACCCCAAACAGCUGAGAAAGCUCAGACAGCAGCAGCUGCAGCAGAAGUUCAGGAGAGAGAUGGAGGCCAAGAAGCUGCAGCAGAAACAGAAGUCUGAGGACACAGAUGUCGCUAUUGGAUCAGGAUCCAGUGGAGGUCAUGGUUUACCUGCACUGAGCGACAGCACUGCGGCUGGAAACAGGGAACCCAGCAACAGGGACGUCUAUUUAGCAGACGAUCCUGAGCUAUGGGAUUUCACUCUGGAUGGGAUCGAGGAGCUGGAUGUCCCUUCAGACGGACCGCCGUCCAGAGGGUUCAGGCCCAGCACACCCGGGAACCACCAGAUGCAGACACGCAGCAAGACCCCCCAGAGACCCCCGAGCAGACCUCCAGACCAGGCUCUGUCAUACAGCAGAGGACAGGACAGGACCCAGUACAGACCUCAACACCAGGACCAGUAUCAGACAAGACCAGGUGAAUCCUUCAGCCCGUACAGACAGGGACAGUACAUGAAGAAACGCAGACUGGACACGUGAGAUAUUAUGUCCUCAAACCUUUAUAGAAUCCAACCUCAUGAUUUUAUCUUUGUGUUUAUAUUUAUUUUAGUACACGCAUUUAUUGUUUUUUACUUUGCAAUGACUUGCCUGAUAUUUGGAAAAAAACAAAUAAAAGAAUGAAAUUACCAAUUUUUUAUUUUAA